AUGGAGGAAAAUCAGACAAUGGUCACAGAGUUUGUCCUGCUGGGAUUCUGCCUUGGCCCAAAGAUUCACCAAAUUCUUUUUGCAUGUUUCUCACUCUUCUAUGCCUUCACUUUGCUGGGGAAUGGGGUCAUCCUUGGAAUAAUCUGUGGAGACUCCAGACUCCACAGCCCCAUGUACUUCUUCCUCUGUCAUCUGGCCAUCGUUGACAUUGCCUAUGCCUGCAACACUGUGCCCCAGAUGCUGGUGAACCUUCUAGAUCCAUCCAAGCCUAUUUCCUUUGCUGGAUGCAUGACGCAGACCUUCCUCUUCAUGGCUUUUGCACACACAGAAUGUCUCCUCCUUGUGGUAAUGUCCUAUGAUCGGUAUGUGGCCAUCUGCCACCCACUUCGAUAUUCUUCCAUCAUGAGCUGGAGAGACUGUGCUGCUCUAGUUAUCACAUCCUGGACAUGUGGCUCCCUCCUUAGUAUGGUUCAUAUGAGCCUCAUCCUGAGGCUGCCCUUCUGUGGACCUCAUGAAGUCAAUCACUUCUUCUGUGAAAUCCUGUCUGUCCUCAAGCUGGCCUGUGCUGACACAACACUCAACAAAGUUGUCAUCUUUGCAGCUUCUGUGUUCAUCUUAGUGGGACCCUUAUGCUUGGUGCUGGUCUCCUACACACGCAUCCUGGUGUCUGUUCUGAGGAUGCAGUCAGGGGACGGCCGAAAGAAGGCCUUCUCUACCUGCUCCUCCCACCUCUGUGUGGUCGGGCUCUUCUUUGGCAGCGCCAUCGUCAUGUACAUGGCCCCCAAGUCUCAGCACCCUGAGGAACAGCAGAAGAUCCUUUUCCUAUUUUAUAGUUUUUUCAACCCCAUGCUGAACCCCAUGAUCUACAGCCUGAGAAAUGCUGAGGUCAAGGGUGCUCUCAGGAGGGCACUGUGCAAAGAAACUCAUUCCCAGUUGGUGUGA